AUGGAAGAUGAAAAUGGUAAAAAUUUGGUGGACGAUGGUUAUUCCUGCCUAAAACGAUGUUAUCCAAAUGAUCCAGCUUGUAUCAGUAACCAUACUCAAGAGAUAUUAUAUCAGUUCAGAAGUUUACCAUCCACCAAACACGUAAAACAUCCAAUCGAAAUUUCUCAUGUACGAGCGCAAAUGGAUACGCCGUUUUCAGUGGAAUAUAAAAUCGAUAAGGCGAAUCGAGACAGAUUUGUGGUACAACAGGAUCAAAAUAUAGGCAUUGUAAAAAUGAUAGCACCUAUUGAGGGACCAAAAACGGUUGUAGUAAUGCUACAUCUCAAUAUUUAUUCACGGUCUCAUGUACUUUUAACACAUAACCUUGCCAUCAUAACUAUAUAUGUUUCAUCGUAUACUUUCUGA